AUGGCCAUCAGAGUUGCAACGGUACUCGAAAGCAGUAAUACACGCGUUCCCCAACCUAACCUCCUUCCUAGCGAUCCUUUGUUGGGCGCUGAUUAUACUAUUCAGUCCAAACAAGUCGACGCAUUCCGGGAUGAAGUGUACGGUGAUUGGGAGGGGAUCGUGCACCCAUCAGGCGUCAUGUACUAUUUUUCCUGGAAGACGAAGACAUAUACAGGAACCGACAUAAAGAGGUGCUCGCGCGAUCGACUGCACAACCUGAAUAAUUGGAUACAUGCGGCACGCAGAAGACUGCAAGAAGAUACGUGGUUCCUGGUCGUUGAACCUGUUGCAAAGCAGGACGGCGAUCACUAUGAAUAUUAUUGUGCAGACACAAAGCAGCACGUCGUUGCUUGGUUUGAUGUGUUCGAUGCAAGUCUGCUUUUUCAGGAGUGUGGGCUCGCACGUCUUGAGCUCGAAGCACAAUUUUGGAAGCAUGUCGAUUUCUUUCCGCGUCAUUACGAAAUGAGGCCUUCUGAUGCGAAUGAGCUACGAGCUCACUUGGAAUGGUUUUUAGCAGAUUCGCGCUUUAUUUUCGGACGGAAUCGCGCAGAGUCUCAUCUUUCGUCCAACGAUUUAAUGACAGAGCAAGGAGUAGCAUUUUGUGGAUCCUGGAUAAGGUCAUCAUCAAUUUUAAACUACUACGGUUUACCGGAAGCUCGUUUGAUGCGGUCUCACUCCGUAGAAGGCUUCAAGCGAAAGCGAUCUCUCCCCCUUUUACUGGCGACCGCUGCAAUGUUCGGAGUGCCCGCACUUGUUUUAGAACAUAUAGAAAAUAUCCAUGUCGACGGUAUUGUCAACUCGUUGGAUAUCAGGCAGUUCGUUGACCGUUUCAACGACGAUAAUGUGAAACACAGCACUUUGGUGUCGCUGCUCGACACUUCGGUGAAAAGAUGA